AUGCGUUUGGGAAUGAGCACUUGCGGCAGAAAGGCCCUGACUCUGCUCAGCAGUGUAUUUGCCGUUUGUAGUUUGGGACUCCUGGGGAUUGCUGUAAGCACUGACUAUUGGUUGUAUCUGGAGGAAGGCAUCAUCCUGCCCCAAAACCAGAGCACUGAAAUCAAGAUGUCUCUACAUUCUGGCCUCUGGAGGGUUUGCUUUUUGGCAGGUGAAGAGCGUGGGAGGUGCUUCACAAUAGAGUACGUCAUGCCAAUGAAUGUCCAACUUACAUCUGAAUCGACAGUCAAUGUUUUAAAGAUGAUUCGUUCUGCCACUCCUUUCCCGUUAGUCAGCCUCUUCUUCAUGUUUAUUGGAUUCAUUUUGAGCAAUAUCGGACACAUCCGUCCCCAUAGAACCAUUCUGGCUUUUGUGUCUGGAAUCUUUUUCAUUCUGUCUGGUUUAUCUCUAGUUGUGGGGCUUGUGCUGUACAUCUCCAGCAUCAACGAUGAAAUGCUCAAUAGAACCAAGGACUCUGAGACAUACUUCACUUACAAAUAUGGGUGGUCAUUUGCUUUUUCUGCUAUCUCUUUUCUCCUGACAGAGAGUGCAGGUGUCAUGUCUGUCUACCUGUUCAUGAAGAGAUACACUGCUGAAGAGAUGUACAGGCCUCAUCCUGGCUUCUACCGUCCACGGCUUAGCAACUGCUCUGACUACUCUGGCCAGUUCCUCCAUCCAGAUGCGUGGGUACGUGGGCGCAGUCCUUCUGACCUCUCCAGCGAUGCUUCCCUUCAGAUGAACAGUAAUUAUCCUGCUCUACUUAAAUGUCCAGAUUAUGACCAGAUGUCAUCCUCUCCGUGCUGA